GUAGCUGCCAUCUUUGUUUUUCCCUUUUAACGAAGCUUACUUAAUUUAUAACGUUUCUUCACAGUCCGGUUUAUCACAGCUUUUGGUAAAUCUUAUUCUGAAAGUUAUACGUAUAUUCUAUUUAGUAUUACUAAUAUACAAAUAAAAACAUUGUUUAAAUAGCAUUUUUACAUGUGGCAAAAAAUGAUGUGAAAUAUAUGGAGGCGAAGACCUUAACUAAUAUUUUUCUGCAAAGUAUCAACGGCGCAUUUUAAUAGAAAUGAAAUAUCAUUAAUAUGUUGUUCAACUACGACAUGUUUUAAAGAAGAAAUUGUAGUGGUCUGCGAAAUUAUAUAAAUAAAUAUAAAUAUCGAAUUACCAGUAUGGAGUCUUCUGACUUUAUAAGCACCAGCGAGACGUCUACUACACAUACUGCCGAAAAUGAGACAAUGCAGGGGAUGUCUGCUGUUCGAGCUCGUACGAACAUAAACGGUGCAACUUUUAAUAAUAUGGAAAUUCAAAUGGAGAAUUAUGUUGAAGACUGUACGAAUAUUAGUAACAACAAUGCCAAUAAGGUUUGUUGGAAACGGCUAAGUAAUCCCUCUGGACCACAGCCACGGCCUAGACAUGGACAUCGAGCAAUUAAUAUAAAAGAAUUAAUGGUCGUUUUUGGUGGAGGAAAUGAAGGCAUUGUAGAUGAACUUCAUGUUUAUAACUCUGUUACCAAUCAAUGGUUUGUACCAGCAAUGCGUGGUGAAGUACCACCAGGUUGUGCCGCUUACGGUUUUGUUGUCGUUGGUACGCGUAUGUUUGUUUUCGGUGGUAUGAUUGAGUAUGGAAAAUAUUCGAAUGAACUUUAUGAACUACAAGCAACAAAAUGGGAAUGGCGCAAAAUGCAUCCCGAAUUGCCGGAUAAUAUGCCAGCACCAUGUCCACGUCUUGGACAUAGCUUCACGAUGGUAGGGGAUCGCAUAUUUCUCUUUGGUGGCUUAGCUAAUGAGUCUGAUGAUCCUAAAAACAACAUACCAAAAUAUCUGAAUGAUUUAUAUAUCUUGGAAACUCGUGGAGUGCACAGUCAUAAUGGCAAGUGGAUUAUGCCAAAAACGUAUGGGGAAAGUCCACCACCACGAGAGUCUCAUACAGGUGUAGCAUUUACGAGCAAGAUCACUAAUAAACUAAAUUUAUUGAUUUAUGGUGGAAUGAGUGGUUGCCGCCUAGGUGACUUAUGGCUUUUGGAUGUGGAUUCUAUGACAUGGUCAAAACCGCGAACACGUGGUCAUGCACCUUUACCCAGAUCCUUACAUAGCGCUACAAUGAUCUGCAAUAAAAUGUAUGUUUUUGGAGGAUGGGUACCCUUACUCAUAAAUGAUUCCAAAGCAACUACCGAGAGAGAAUGGAAAUGCACAAACACUCUCGCCAUUCUCGACUUAGAUUCAAUGACUUGGGAAAACGUAACUGUCGACACGGUUGAUGAAGAUGUACCCAGAGCUAGGGCUGGACACUGUGCAGUAGGUAUUCAAAGCCGUUUGUAUGUAUGGUCCGGUCGCGAUGGUUAUCGUAAAGCAUGGAACAACCAGGUUAGGGUUUGUUGUAAAGAUCUAUGGUAUCUGGAAGUUACUAAACCUCUUUAUGCGGUAAAAGUUGGUUUGGUGCGUGCCUCUACCCACGCGCUGGAACUUUGUUGGACUUCUACUACUUUUGCAACUGCAUAUGAGUUACAAACUCAAAAGAUUGAACCUGUAACAAUGGCUGCUAAAGUGAUAACGCCUUCAUUUGCUCCUAGUGCCUCUUCUACUCCAGUACCCACCAGUCAAGUUCCUGCUAAUGGAAUGACAACGUCUAUUCAACCUACGUCAAUAUUGUCAGUAAACAAACCUCAGAAGAUACCUAAUACAGCCCUACCUACAGUUAGCUUGCAACAAUCUACUGCCAAAAUGUCUAGCAAUGCGAUCAUACAACAGCAAACUCCAGCACCAACGCAACAGCAACAACAACAACCACAUUUGCAGGGUACAACUAUUUACAUAGCUCAACAACCCCCUCACCAGCCUCAACAAAUUGGUCAAAUCAGUGCAAAAAUUGUUUCUUCACCGAAUAUUGUGGAGAAUGCUAUGCCGACGACACGCAUCAUAAAUUCGACGACAACGGCAAUUGUAAAUUCUAGCACACCUGUUAGUGGCAGUGGUGGUGUCAUAUCAGCAACUUUAGUAAAUGUGUCCCAACAGCAACCAAGUGUAUCAAUGAUGAAUAGCAACAUAACAACUAUAUUCCAAAAAUACCGACCCAACACUGUUGUGUCUCGGACUUCUGCCAUAACUUCACCAGUUGUUACCGGACCGGCUGCGAUGUCAUGUACAGUGAACUCUGGUGGUACCAGCGUACGAGUUGUGAGCGCAGCCUCUACUCCUGUCACUACCACGACUCAAACGAACACUGUUCGCAUUGUAUCCGGCAAUACUGGUCAGACUUUACGUUUAGCUACUACACAAGCUACAGCAAACACUAGUACCAUAUUGAAAUCCGCUCAAAAUACGGGAACUGCCAUUACUGGACAGCUACAAAACGCUGGUGUUGCCAAUGCAGGAACAUCGAUAGGUACUGCUACUACCAUUGGUGGCAAACAAUAUAUAUUACAAAAGCCCCUAACAUUGGGUACGAACGUACAAUUUCAACUAGUGAAAACGAGCACAGGUGGCGUAGCUGUACAAACCCUCCCUAAAAUUAACUUGAAUUUGGCCAAAAACACUGGUACCCCAGGAGCAAUAGCUGUGGGUACGCAACAGGCAGCAGUUGGCGGACAAAUACUAACAUCACAAGCAAUAGUUAGCAGUGCUGUUUCACAACCACAACAGCAGUUUGUUGCUACUGUUGGUGGUGGUGCCAAUACAAAUUGCAUCACUUCCAUAGCCACCAACGUGUCCACCGGACAACAAAAACCCAUUGUAUCAGGAAAUCUAGUUAAAUUGGUUUCACCACAUACCGUUAGUGGAGGCAAAUUGAUUAUGAAAAAUUCGAAUAUAUUACAAGUGGGAAAAGUUUCUUCAAAUGUAACAGGCAAGCCAGCAUUUGUUAUCACUAACAAGCAGGGACAACAGUUAACCAACCAACAGAUCAUAAUUGUUACCACUGGUUCGGCUUUAAGAACCAUAUCCACAUCAAAUGUGGUCUCACAAGCUGGCGCAUGCAACAUUGUUUCAAUAGUAGGUUCUACAUCGACAACAGCUUCAGCUACAACUAAUAGAAAUGUGGUAGCUACACAGAGUGGUGUUAAAAUGAUACGCGGAGUCACAAGCACUACUGGUCGCCCAAUUACACUAACAUUACCUUCAGCAGCAACACAAUUAUCUCAGCAACAUGUUACCGGACAACAGCAUCAGCAAAAAAUCAAUGUUCAGGCUCCAAAUAUCCAACAAAAAACAAUAACAUUGGGUGGUAAAGCGGUAACAGUUCAAAUGGCUGCAAAUCCAAAUAUAUCUGGGUUGACCAAAACUGUUACGAUUGUUGGAUCGAGUUCAGGACAUACCCAACCUCAGACUAUUGUUACAAGUGGCAUCGCUGGCAACACAGGCAGCAAAUUAGUCAUGUUACCUGCUAACACAACUAUAGGUAACAAGGGGUUUGUUAAUAUUUUAAACGCAAGUGGAGUAAAUAAUAGCAGCGGAAAUACUUUGCAACGUUCGAUUACAUUAACAUCUAAAAAUUUAGUAGGAGCAACGAAUUCACAAAUCGGUUUUGCGACUCAAAUCAAUAGCAAUGGAUCAACUGAACCCACUGUUGCUAUAACAGCGUUGACAGAUUCCAAUUAUACUGAGGGAGAUACUAUGGACGAUAUCAUUGAACAAUUAGAUGGUGCCAAUGAUUCAUUUGCAAAAAGCAUUGAUGCUAAAUCCGAAGAUAUUGAUGAAGAGGAAAACAAUUGCAGAAUUCAUUAUCAGCAAAACCAAACUAUGGAAAUAUACGAAGGAGUUGAUUUUAUUUCUGCGUUUGAUCCUCAUUCAAAAGAAGCAAAAGAUUCCAUACCCAUUCUUGAAAACACGAAGACGAAGACUGUAGAAGUAGAAUGCAUGCCCGGCCCAAAUAUGAAUUCGGAACUUUCCAAUAUAUUAUCAUCAAAUUCAGAAAGAGAAUUAGACGGAUCAUUCCAUUUAAUAGACGACUUGCAGUACAGAUCACAAUGAAUUUAAAUUUGAUACUCAAAUACGUCAUCAUACUCAGCUGUAAAUAAUGUAUCUUAGCUAAUAAUGCAAAUUCAGUAAGAAGCAUGAAUAGGUAGACGGUGGAUUAUGUACUUGUUACAAAUACAUACGUUAAGACAGUUUAUAAAAUUGUUGCUCACCGAUCCAAACCGAGUAAGAAAUUUGAUAUACCCAUCUUGUUUCAUGGGCCUCACGUUCGCCGUUUUUCGAAGACACUUAGUUUGCUAUUUUUCUCCGUUUCAACAAGAUCAACAGUUUAUAAGAAAGCCUUUAUUUAGUAUUUAUUGACAGUUUUUACUUUUUCAUUAAUAAGAAGAGGUUCAAGGAUUUGCUUGCAACAUCAUUGCAUGUUUGAUAUCGAAUGGGAAUUAAAUUCUUACAAUCAUAUAUAAACAUUCUUUUGAAAGUUUUAAUUUUUUUUCGCGGAGAAGAUUGAAAACCAGAUUGCAAGACUUAUAUAAUACGUUUAUUUGUAUUUAAAUCUUGCAUAUACUCCAAUGGCUAUAUGCAUCUUAAAAUGACAUAAUUCAAGCAAUUGAGGCGGAAUGUUUUGUUUAAGUUAAGACAUAGAUUUGUAAUAAAAUGUGGACACUAGAUUUUUGGAACUUGCUUGAAGUGUUUGGAGUUAUCGAUAAAUAUUUUGUACUGUAGUUUUUCUUUAUUUUGUGUUAUUAAAAUAAAUAAGUACUUAGACAAUUUACUAUUUACACAUGUAUGGAUAUAAUUACAUAAUAUGUAAAUUUUUAUGAAAUAAACGGAGCAAUAAUUCCAAUACGGAA